UGGAACUCCAGGCAACAGUACAUGAGCAGGAGGACUGAGACCUAUUGCUCAGUAAUCUUUUCAUAUUGGAUUACUGCUAGUUAAUGAUUUUAUUCAACUGAAUGACUGGUUUGAGCUCUAGAAUUGACCUGGAUGGACAUUGAAUUGUGUGGCAGGUAGACACCAGAUUCAACUGUUGAUGCUAUUUCCUUCACUAUUGGAAGAGCAGAAUGGAAAGUCUGGAUGAACUGGAACACCCUCUGCUGGGUGGCAGUCCCAAGCGCAGUGGAAGCAAUGUUGGCAACAGCAAUGCCAGUGGGUUGUUUAAAGGCAUCUUAGUGAGAUGCAGCGAGGACAAUACGCUGCCCCCGCUGGCAUGGAGGAGUUAUUGCGCUCCGGCAGAAUUGAGCCAACAACAACUGCUAGACCCAUGCUCCCUCCCUUGUACCCUGGAGUCCCUCUACAACCCUGCCUCAGUCUGGGGUCACACAGACUCCCUGGGCCUACACAGGAAGGCCUACCUGGAGACAACCUUUGUGGACAUUGACCCUGCCUCCCCACUGGACAAGAAGCUGCUUGAGGAGGAACGGGAUGGUCACAGUACAUCCUACAGCACUGACGAGGAUGAUCUACUGCCAGAUUACGAGGACUCCUCGAGCGAAGACUUCAGUGACACAGACAGCGAGAGCAACUUCCCUCUGAUGAUCCCACAGGAUUAUCUGGGUCUCGCCGUAUUCUCUAUGCUCUGCUGCUUCUGGCCCCUCGGGAUUGCUGCGUUCUACCUUUCCCAAAAGACCAAUAAGGCGGCAGCUCAGGGGGAUUUCCGGGGGGCCAGCUCCGCCUCCCGCCAGGCGCUUUGGCUGGCCGUGCUGUCCAUCAUCUUCGGCGUUGUCACGUAUAUCUGUGCAGUUGCUGCCCUCAUCUCCUACCUGUCUGGGAAGCCACCCUAAAGGCCCUCUUUUUCAUCGGCCCUGUGACAUCCCUGUUUCCCCACAUGCACACCCCCAGCUCUCAGCUCUCAGACCCAUCCCCCUCACCAACUUUAGCAUCCAUGACUGUGCCCUCUGUCCAGGAACCCAGUGGACUCGGACACUGGACUAAUGUGCAACAGUGGAAUGGAGACAUCAUUUGCCCAUAUUGAGAGGGAUCGCAAAUACACGAUUGGGCUAUAAAUGUAUAGUUUACACUGAAUUGGACCAAAUGGUUUGCCAAUCUAUGGAAACAUGUCCCUAUUCAGACAGAAGUUAUGACAGUGCCAAUACUGAAGUCCAGGUGUUACUAUAAUUUCAACUCUUGGUAAAUGCAUUAUUUGAAUGACAAUUCUGUAUACAGAAAACUAAGCAAGUUUGACAGUCUUCGGUCAUGAUCUCCUAGAGAAGGCUCUGUAAAAUCCCUGAAUCUCAUAUUCUAUGAUGUCAUACAUACACUACAUCUAGAAAAUGUGUAUGCAGUGCUAUGGCUCAUUUUCCAACUUAGUUUUCAGAUGGCUUGAAAACAUUUUUUAAAAUACAAUACUCAGGAAACAUUAAUGUUUUCCCUUUUUUUUUUCAAAGAGAUGUGUCCUGCAAGUUGUGGCUCACCAUCUAUCUCCAUGCAGAUAUGAUCCAGAUCAUAUCAGAGCCAUGCCCCUUUUCCAUUCAGGUGUACCUGGAGAUGACAUACACCCAAGUUUAAAGGGUUAAGUACAAUUACUGCUAAACUACAUUAUUUUUCUACAAAUAUAAAAUCAUAUAUAUGCUUUUUCAAUAUAGAAUUUGUACAUUAACUGUUUCUUGACUUGAUGGAUGAACAAAAACAAUAUAGUUAUAUAUAAGUAAUGCUACUCUAACUACAAAUUCCCCCAUAUGUUUAAUCAUGUAAUUGGAACUGUCUGCUUUAAUAAUAAUAAAUGCCAAGCUCUGUUGAGCACUGCUCUCUGAAAUGAAGAGAUUCUGAGAGGGUGUGACUUGUGGGCUUCUAUAAUCCAGAUGGGGUCCAAUUACAAUCAGGAAGAUACGGCUGCCCUUUUCACACCCUGUUCAUAGUUGUAGUGCCUAUUUGUGUUUCUGCCACUUGCAAUUCUGUUCCACUCUCCACCCAGCAUCUAGCAAAAUCUGUUUCCACUGGAGCUUCGCAGGACACCUAUAAAUGCAAGAGUGACCACCCAAACAAGCCUGGAUCAUUCUGGAUGAGAUCAUAACAGAGAGCUCUGUGGGUUCUGUUCUCCCACACACUGGCACACCAAACAACUGCAGAAGCUGAAGAAAUGAAAUCAUGUUGUCGAAUUUAAUAAACAGCAAAACUGGAUUUAUCUCAAAUCACCUUAGAGAAGUUGAAUAAUAUCAAUUGUUGGAAAAAAAAUCACAGAUCCACAUGGCACAGUAAAAGAAAUGCUUGAGGUUUUGCGUCAGGCUGGAAUCCUCCGGAACACAGUGGGUUGCCAAAUCACAGCAUGGAGUUGAGGAUAUGACUUUUAUGUGUCUCAGCUCAUGCUACUCUUCUACACCUAACAGAUCAAGGCCCCUUGGGGAUUGUACUGUGUUGAGACUUAUCUUCUGACAUGAAUCUCAAUGAUUAGACUGGGAUCUCAUCAAUUACAAACAGCACUGGCAAGAUCCCAUUGUAUACAGAUGUCUGUUUGCUUACCGUCGCACCAGGAGAACACAAGAAGACAAUUACCUCCUCUCAGAGAUUAAUUAAACCUGCUCAUACUCUUCUGAACCACAGAGAAACUUGAGCUGACAAUAGAGGACAGCAAUCAAUACCAUUUGACAGGACAUUCUGGAACAGCCAGAGCAGUCUUGCAUGUGAUCAAAUAUUACAUAACUGUACCACCACCCUCUCAAAUCUCAUCCUAUACAAAAUGAUAGCUUGGACUAUCUGUUUAUUGCAAACCACAUGUCAAUGACAUUACAUUGUUACCAUAGACAAUUAGCAUGGUAUUUUUGCACUUUGCCAUGUUUUUUCCUCUGUAUAUUUACCUUGCGUCAUUCAAUGCCUAUUUGUGCUCUGUUUUGACUGAAAAUAACCUUCUAUGGCCCCUCUAGUCCUGCUGUCAGUGCUGGAGGGGAAAAUAUAGGAUUUACUCUUAAUGCUCACAAUUCCUGAGCCCCGUUUUUUUCUGUUUCAAAAUUGUUCAAUAAGUGGCAGUUUUAGUCCAGUAAUAACCUUCUGUCAAUAGUGCAGUGUGCCAAAUUAAAGGUCCUGUCUGAAUAACAAAUGAUUUUAAACAGAUCUGAUAAAUUUGUUUAAUAAAUUGCAGUUUAAGAACAGACGUAACAUUGUAUCAAUGGUGCCCAACAAAAGGUCUUGUCUAAAUAACAGUGAUAUCCAAACUGAUACAUGUCUCAGUGUAAAUACAUUUAUUACAAGACACCACACUCAUCACUUAUCCUCUGCCAAUCAUAACCUCAGGAUUUACACGUUAAUUAUAGAAUUAUACCACCUUCCAGGACACACAAUUAUGAUCAUCUAAAUUAUGACUUUUUAACCAACCUUCCCACACACAAAAUCAUAUCUUUUGCAAACCACCUUCUGUUUAGGAGGUUUCAGUAUUAAAUAACAACUGUCAGUUUCCCAGACUGCUUAAUGCUCACCAAUGGUGCUGGAAUGCUGGUGGCAGUAUUGGAGGGGUUAUGCUGAACCAGUGCA